CCGACGGUACAGUAAAAGAAAAAGGAAAUGUGAACAGCCGCAAGUAGCCUCAGCCGACACUCCUCAGUCGUCUUGCUGUAAAAUGGGGAUACAAAUGGAAAAAAAUGAAGAGUAGAAUUUACACGCAAGAUUAAUUUAACUGCCAAAGAUGGUAGUUAACGUUACGUCAACGCGGGGGCUGCAGUGGCUUGUUAAACGUGACAACGAAGAAGAAUGCCUUUGCUGUUUCGUUAGCUAGCUAGCGUUAGCAUUCAGGAUGGGAAACUGAACCCUAGCAGGCGACGUAAGUCCGCUCACAAAAUGACUAAAUGUUGAGGUAAUAAUCUCUGGAAAACACGGCGAAAAUAUAGAGUUAAGUGUUCGCCUUUUUGCUACCUCCGCGCGGUGUGGAAACUGUUUACAUGAUGAAGAACUGUGAGUACCAGCAGAUCGACCCGCGGGCGCUGUCGGUGUCGCCCUCCUCCGCACAGAAUCACACCGAAACUAAAGCGCAGCGGCCGCGAAGAAAAUGGGAAGUGUUCCCUGGAAAGAACCGGUUUUUCUGCGAUGGACGGAUCAUCCUGGCCAGACAGAGCGGUGUCCUUCCUUUGACACUGGGCCUUAUCGUUGUCACUUGUGGCCUUUUCUUUGCAUUCGAUUGCCCGUUCUUGGUGGAGCAUUUGACCGUGUUUAUACCUGUGAUCGGCGGGGUGCUUUUUGUGUUUGUGGUGAUCUCCUUGCUGAGAACAAGCUUUACUGACCCGGGAAUCCUACCCAGGGCUACUCCAGAUGAAGCAGCAGAUAUUGAGAAGCAGAUAGAUACCUCAGGAUCCUCCACGUAUCGGCCCCCUCCUCGGACCAAGGAGAUCCUCAUCAACCAGCAGGUGGUGAAGCUCAAAUAUUGCUUUACUUGUAAAAUGUUCCGCCCUCCUCGGACCUCUCACUGCAGCCUGUGUGACAACUGUGUAGAGCGAUUUGAUCAUCACUGCCCAUGGGUUGGAAACUGUGUGGGCAAACGCAAUUACCGCUUUUUCUACAGUUUUAUCAUCUCGCUGUCCUUUCUGACAUCUUUCAUAUUUGGCUGUGUCAUCACACACAUUACCCUGCGUUCUCAAGCUGGUAAAAGCCUUGUCCAAGCCAUUCAGGAGAGCCCUGCCAGUGUGGUGGAGUUGGUGAUUUGCUUCUUCUCCGUCUGGUCUAUUCUGGGCCUGUCAGGCUUCCAUACAUACUUAGUGGCCUCCAACCUUACAACAAAUGAAGAUAUAAAGGGCUCCUGGUCGAGUAAAAGAGGCGCAGAGGAGUCUGGGAACCCCUACAGCUACAACAACAUUAUAACCAACUGCUGUGCGACAUUAUGUGGUCCCAUGCCCCCAAGUCUGAUUGACAGGAGAGGUUUCCUGCCUCCCGAUGAGGCGAUCCCUGCUGCUUCUGCCUCUGAGAUAGAACUGCCCCCAUUCGCAGCCAAGAAUGACGCACACAUGUGCACUCAAAGCACCAAGGAUGUGCUGGAGAGGAUGGUCCACUCCUCUGAAUUUCCUGGCCUGUGCCCGCCUGGCACCCCAAAGACAUCUCCUCUGGGCCUGGAGGCGACCAGCGUCUCAGGACCUUCCACAGAGACUUCACCCUCCACAGGUUGCUCACGGCAGCUUGCCCACGGGCCUGUGGUCACUCCCUGCCCCCCGUUCAGCAGAAGCAGCAAGAGGGAUUCUUUGCACUCCAUCAACCCAGCUUUCCGUUUGGCUUCCCCCUCCCCUUCGCUUAGCCGCACCAACCUGUUUCUGAGCGAAUCGGCCGACGUCGGCUUCAUUCCACUGACCUGAUCGAACCCAAAAAGUGAUCAGCUCUGGUUCGUUCUCCAAUGAGGAAUGCUUCUGAAUCAUCAAUGCUGCUCACUGUCACUGGACAGGAAAUAAUUUUGGUUCAAGACAAACUUACUAAAGUGAUGGUAUUGCUGUUUGAAAUGCCACUUUUCAUAAGCUGAAUGGCCAUAAAGUACUGGAGGGUGUUGCGAGUUAAUAUAAGUGUUGUCCUAUGUAUUCUUCAGGAUGAAAACUCUUAGUAAACCACCGAGCACAAUACAGAGAUAUUUUUUUAAACACUGAACCCAUCUCCACACCUUCCACAACCUCAAGCCAUACAUUGCAGCCACAGCGUGUCACGUCCUACUAAUAUCUUAUGCAAACAGGGCUUUAAAUCUGGGAAUACUUAGCAGAAAGCUGUGGAUGCAGAAAGUAAAGAUACACGAGUUUAGGUUUUAUUGAAAUGGCAUGCUCUGGAUAGUAAGCCUUUUCAGAUUAGUAACUUGAGAGUCAGCCUUAUGUCAUACCAUGUCAUUCAUUAUCAUCUAGAUUCGCUUCAGCCCAGUUUGAUAAAGAUAAACACCUGGAGCUUAAAGUGGAAGGGCAAAGUGCAAGGUUUAUUUUAUUUUAACAUGUAAGUAAGGGUUUUGCUGUAUUUUAUUAGUGGGUAUUCAUGUCAUGUACAUCAGAUGCUUUUUGAUGAAAUGAUUUUUGUGGGGUGUUUUUACUUUAGAAAACAGGAAAAUCUUAGUGGAUGUGUUCAGAUUUUUCAUACGUGACUGAAAGCUCAUACUGUAGGUUUGCUUUGUUUCUCAGUGUGUGUCUGCUUGUCAAAACAAGUAUUUAAUUUUAAUCAAGUUGCUGCUGCCUGCUGGGACAUGGAUUGCAGUAUUUACAGUAGAGCUGACACUGUUUCCUGUUAAUGUGAUCUACUGGGAUGCUUUCAGUGGAAGUGAGUGUCUCGUUUUUCUUUGCUUCAGUAGUAAGUUACUGGGUAUAUAUAUAUAUAUUUUUUUUUACUAUGUAUUUCAGCAUCAGCUUCAUGUGUGGAGUGUGUUAAGACUACGUAAUGUCUAAAGAAUGUUGAAGAAGCCUUUUCACAUGUGGGCAGGCUGUCAGUUUUAUGGCCGUGACCUUUUCCUUUCUUACAGGCUGAAACCUAACACUACCUGUGAUGGAGUACAAUUUCAUGUGAGAACUAGUGUUUGCCACUAGGGGGCAGCAUAGGAGUAAGAAUUGCAGUGUAGUCCACUAUCACUGUUCUAACAGGACACUGAUUUGGAGAAAGGCCUUUUACUGUUUUAUUUAUGGUCUGUAAUAGCAAUGAAGCUGUACAUACGUUGUGAGUUUGUAAAGAACCACUUUGCCAUAGUCACUGGGUCGUCCAUUUAUCUGCAUCCACACCGAUAGGUUGUAGAAAACUACAAGCAGUGCUUGUAUGAACAAAUUCUUUGUAUUUUGUAGGAUGUAACAGUGAAACUGUAAAAAUAAAAAGAAACAGUUUUGUCCAAUUU